CCAAAAGCGAAUGUUCAUUCUAUUUCUAGCUCGCCAGCGAAAACACCCGUUCAAAGUACAGUCUUGAAAGCGAACGGCCCUGUUACUCCCAUCUCGUCAGCAAACACAGCCGCGAAAGGCACAGCCCCAAAACCCAAUAUCUCUGCUGCUUCUGUUCCUCCAGUUAACGAGCAUAAAGACCCUAAGCCAACGAGCCCAGAUCAUCCUGAAAAGUCUUCUGUCCCUGACCUGAUGAGCAAGCAGGCAGACAAUGCAGAGCCAAGUACCGCAAAGAAACCGAUUGGUCAGUUGCAGCCAUCGGGAUCCCAGAAUGUCAUGGCUACAAAGACGGAGUGUGAACAUGUUAAGGCCAAUGUCGAAAAAACCGAAGAAUUAUUGCUCGAUUUCGGCACAACGCCAUCUGAUUCAAGCCCAUUGAGCGAUAUCAUGGCAAGCCCUGCAAUUCAGGAUCUAGAAGGAAUUGACUUUAGACAUUCCCCUGACUCUGUUACUGCACAUGGAUCUAACAUCCUCGAGUCUACAAAAAGCCCUGAGCAGCCGCCCAACGGACGAAGUAUCGCUGAUUAUCAACACGAGAUUUCACUCCUCAGUGCCUUGCUGGAGAGCACUACCCUUGGAGAUCUUGGAGAGGAAUUCUGCGAAAGGUUGAAGCAGUGCAAGAAAGAACUCGAAGAACUCUGCCAAGUUGAGCGAAGCGGGAAUUCAGCUGUAAACACGCCUGUUAAGCAUGAGAGGAUCUCAUCCAUCUCUCCACCUGACGGCGCCAGUGUACGACUCAAACAGGCAGUUGCUGCACCUCCGUUCUACCCCCGCGUCAGCAGUUUCAGUGGAUAUCGUUCUCCGACAAACAGUAUCUCAAGUGAUUCAACGGCACCACCCCCGACACCGGUUCCAAUCCGGCGUGUAGCAAGUCCAAUCCGGGUUCCACCUGCUCCAGCUGAACCGGAAUCGACCACCUCUGAUCACAUAUUUGGUGACCAUUUGCUUCCUGGUAGACAUUCACAUAUUACAUCCUCGUUGGGAGAGGUUUCAUUAACGUCACAUACUUCUUCUGAUGGUAAGCAAAUAACCAGCAUAUCUUUCCAGAUAAAAGUUCCUCAUGGAUUUAGAACCUAGCACGACGCAAGUGGGCUCCUCAAUCCCACCUCGCGAAACGGUUCUGAAGAACGUGAAUAUCCCGGUUUUCGAGAGU